GAGGGCGCUGACACAUGUACAACUGCUGCUGUAGCGGUCUUGUUAAAGGAGGCGUUUGGUCUGGAGAAGGAGCCGGUUUUGGACCGGUCCCACAGGACCCUUCAGCUGAAGCCCAAGCCUGGUGAACAACCACGAGCUAUUGUGUGCAGAUUCCACCAUCACAGUGACUGUGUUGACAUUUUACGCCGUGUGAGAGAGCUCCAACGGAUUAAAGCGAGGGAUUUGACCAUCUCCGUUUUCCCUGACUACACAGCCAAGAUAGCCCCGGCCCAGGCUGCAUUUAACGAGGUUCGGCAUCAACUUCGUGGUAUUGAGGGCGCUCGCUGUGGAAUACUUCAUUCAGCUCGGCUUCACAUUACAUAUAACGGUGAUCAGAAGGACUUUAUUUCAGCGGAGGAAGCAGGAGACUAUGUUAAACUCUUGAUAUCGGGGUGAACUGCAUCACCUACACAGCCUUAGAGUCUUUUUCGCUCUUCUUUUAUUUUUAUUUUUUUGCACUUGGCCUUCCAGCUCUACAGUUCGGAUUUUUAUUGAAGAUAUUGUCAUUGCAUUACUUCGCCUAGAUUUUGUGGACUUACUCCUCUUAAAAUUUACUUCUGUAUUAAUGUGCUUCUCUGUUUUGAUGCUCUGACCAGUGCAUGAUAAUCCAGAACUAUGGCUCGUCAGACUGAUGUGGUGUUACUUCUUUUACUCGCCGCAGCAGCAACAGCUUUGUCUGCUGAGGUGAUGCCUCUGUCAGAUGCUUAUUUUGAUAAGAUCGUACAGGAAGCCGAACAGCGUCAAGUAAAUGAUAGAUGUUCCAAAUGCUGUCCACUGGGCUGGGUGCAAUAUAACGGACGUUGCCUCAUAUAUCAGGCCGCCAAGAUGAUCUGGGCUUCCGCUGAGAAACAAUGUCAGGAUCUCGGCGGACACUUGAUCUCAAUACACAGUGAAAACGAGUAUCGAAUGGCCAAGGCCCUUAUCCGUACUCAUGACUCCGCGGAGAAUCCAACAUGGAUCGGCCUUUCUAGCUGUCAGAAGAAAUAUAAGUGGUUUUGGUCCGAUGGCACCAAAUUGAUUUACACCAAGUGGAACCCAAGAGAACCAAAUCAUCUCCUUGGAGAGUGUUGUGUGCAUAUGAACUACGGCAAACAAAGGGACUGGAAUGACAUUCGCUGUAAAAAGAAAUUUCCCUUUGUGUGUGCCAAGAAGCUUUACUGAAAUGCUCACAGCUUCCCCUCACCAACUAUAAUACUAUUAUACUAAGUUUUUCUUGUCACUGAUGGAUUUACAAAAUCCUCACUGUGCCAGUUUAGCAUAAUUUCAGCAAUAAAAAAAAAACUUUAGACUUUGGUGUUUGUGAAAUUAUUUCUUAAAUGGUUAUCAUUUUGAAAAGAAUGACCGGUCACAGAAAUCACAUUUUCCAUUUGCAUGUCAACAUAUCAGUUGAGAACAUCUCAGGUACAGUGUUGGGUAUAUUUCUUUCCCCAUUAGCUGUUCUAAAGACUGUGAAAGUAGCAGGAAUGAAUCGCAGUGUUCGACAGUUCUGUAGUUUAAGCCUUUAUAAUCAAUGCGUAGAUGAAGCUGACCAUUCUUCUUCUCAAUGAAGAAAAAUGCAGCUGCAACACAUGAUGUAAAUGAUCAUAUGUAUCCAAGCCCCUGAACUUAUUAAAUCUAUUUCUCCAUGAUUUAAGUUUUUAAAAAGUAAUUGGAGAAAGGCCCUACUUUGCAGUAGUGGCAGGCCUGGUACCAAUCCUAUACCACUGUCCCAGGGUAGCAUUUUUUAUAUUUAUAUUGUGUUGCCAGUUUCUUGUCAGAUAAAGUGUAACUAUAGAAUCUUCCACUGGAUAUGUGUGUGUACACAUCACCUCCAUCUUCCCCUCCAGUACUUGACCAUCAUCAAAUUACAACCUCGCAAACUAUAAUUUGCCUAGACGACAAAUUGAAGUGUGACCAUUUACACAGUUUGAUUUUUGCCUGUUUUAAACGUUUGCAUUACCUCUGGGUUUGGUAACAAACCUGUAGUAGAAAGGUUCAGAAAAUUCUGACCAUCAUUAUCAAGUUGCCAGUUACAAAGAUGUCAGCAAACCUACAUCUUUUAGCCACUCAAUGAAAAUUAUUUCUUAGAACAGGUGAAUUCAACUAAACAUUGUUAGGGUCCAGUUAUAUAAAGUUCCAGACAACAUGACUGAAUGAUGUCAACAACUGCCUUUAAUGCUUAACCAUCAGUGAUUACUUCAAGGCUAUUAACAAGACAUCAAUAUGAAGUGGUUAUGUUUUUAUAUAUAUAUAUAGUUAUAACUUUUAACAGUCGGCAUUAAACAUUCUGGGGAUGUUGUUGUUGUUUGGCAUUUUUUGCCAUGUAAUCAUUUCAGAAUCAGACCAAAUGUUGCUUAAGUUCAUCUAGGGCAUACUGACAGUCCUGGGAGAAGAUAAGAUAAGAUAAUACUUUAUUAAUCCCCAGAUGGAGAAAUUAGAGGGAUUGUCCAAUCAAGAUAUCCAAGAAGAUGUAAGUGAUAAGAACCUUUAUUGCACAGAUAACUUUAAUAAUUA